UGUUGAAAGGUAGUCACGGCGCUCGUGUGGUAGUGUGCCAUUCUAUUUGAGAAAUGCGCGAGCAGGAACCUUUCACGUGGAAACAGACGCUGGAUCUCCAGGUGGCGCGUGAGGACGAUUAAAACCAGCAAACAAUAAUUAAAAUUACAUUGUUCACACAUAAGGACUUAUAAUUUUUUUGCCGGUGAUUUAUGCGUGAGAUGAUGCAAUUAAGAGAUCUGUUACCAUUUCAAGCUACUUUUAUGAAACAGAAAAACAUAUUCGGAAUAUUAAACACAAUAUUAAGCGUUUUUUGUCUUCUUCUUCGUUUUAUCUUGUCAUUUUGAGAAAGCUGUGUAACGCACUUCCCUGCAGACGAGGAAGGCACGAGCUGCUCCAUCUCAAACCCAUUUUUGUGGAUUAUUUGCUUAAAUUUGAACAUUGACAUUACUGUUUACAUGGACAGCUGUUUGGAUUUCUCCACGCUUAAACCUGGCUUUCGACUAGUCUUGGCAUUCGAGAUGAGUUACUUGACGUCACUGUUGCACAUAGUUGCUGCGGUCCAGUUGAGCCUUUUACCUGCACAGAGUUCUCCCUUAGUAAGUGUAAACAGCACAGCUAAAGUGAUGCUGUUUCAGGAGGUUUGGGGCAAAAGCUUCUGUCGCACUAUAGAGAAGCUAGUGGAUGUCGUUCAGGAGUACCCUGGGGAGGUGGAGCACAUUUUUAGCCCCGCCUGCGUGCCAUUGGUCCGCUGCGCUGGUUGCUGUGGUGAUGAGAACCUAGAGUGUCACCCUACACUGACUUCCAAUACCACCAUGCAACUGUUAAAGAUUAAGCCAGCAGAGCAGGGUCAGGAUUAUGUGGAGAUGACCUUUGUGGAGCACAAAGCCUGUGAAUGUAGACUAAGAAAGCCGACAACAAAACAUGACCGAUGGAAACCCAGAAAUCGAGGGAGAAAAAGGAAGGAGAAACAACGAGUGAAAGAUUGUGACACGUGUCAGCCUCCUCGCAGGUAAACACUGACUUGCCGUGAUCUCAGCCAAUCACGUGCACCCGCCCCCUUCUGUGCGACCUCAUCAUCCUCAUCACUCUCUUAUGGAUGCUGCCAUUGCUCUGCACCUCAGGAUCCCAGAUGCAGAGUUGUAAUGGUGACGUGGCUUCUCUUUAGCACAUGGGGUGGGUGGGGGGGGCUUUCAGUGAUCUACACAGGAAGAAUCUGUUGUGUGGUGACUUAACCUGACAUUAGCUUCUCAUAACUCUUUUAAGAAGAAAAACCAGUGGACCAAACCAAAAAUCUGAGACUGACCCAAAUGACUUAUAUAUUAUUAGUAUAUUGUAAUAUUAUUUUUGAGUUGUUAUAAAAGUAGUAAUAGAAGGGGUAGCACUGAUUUAUUUGCCAGCUCAACAUUUUCCAAGUCUUCCCUCAUAUUUAUUCAAAUCCACUGCAAUAAAAUAAACUUGGUUGCAUUUCAUGAUUCACAUAAAAUAAUUCAAUUUUUUAUGUGUUCGUAAGUCUAGAAAGAAUAACUGAAAUAACAUACAAAAGAUUAUUUUUGUAACCAUGAACUUGUCACUGACAAGUAUGCAAAUAAGACAUUACCGCUAUGCUGAGACUAUAUUCAACUUUAAUUAGGUGAAAACAGUGUUAGGUGAUGUUUUCAUCCUCAUAGGGAUAGUUCACCCAAAAAAUGAAAAUUCUCUCAUCAUUUACUCACCCUCAUGCCAUCCCAGAUGUGUAUGACUUUUUCAUCUGCUGAACACAAAUGAAGAUUUAAAAAAAUAUAUCUUAGCUCUGUAGGUCCAUACAAUGCAAGUGAAUAGUGGCCAGAACUGUGAAGCUCCAAAAAGCACAUAAAGGCAGCAUAAAAGUAAUCCAUAUGACUCCAGUGGUUAAAUCCAUGUCUUCAGAAGCGUUAUGAUAGGUGUAGGUGAGAAACAGAUAUUCUUCUUUUGUUUUUGAUGAUUCACAUUCUUUGUGCAUAUCGCCACCUACUGGGCAGGGAGGAACAUUUAUAGUAAAAAUGGACUUAAAUAUUGAUCUAUUUCAAUGCCACACCUAUCAUAUCGCUUCUGAAGUUAUAGAUUUAACCACUGGAGUCGAGUGGAUUACUUUUAUGCUGCCUUUAUGUGCUUUUUGGACCUUCAAAGUCCUGGCCACCACUGGACAUGCAGAGGUGAAAUAUCCUUCUACAAAUCUUUGUUUGUGUUCUGCAGAAGAAAGAACGUCUUACACAUCUGGGGUGGCAUGAGGGUGAGUAAAUGAUGAGAGAAUUUUCAUUUUUGGGAGAACUAUCCCUUUAAAGUAUUUGCUUCAUUUGUUUCAUUUAAAGCUUUUCAAUGGGUUUAGACCUUAAGUUGAGCAUCAAAGAAGUGGAGUGAGAUCCUGACCUCUAGUGGUAAUAAUGUAAUAAUAACACACAACCUGCUUAAUACAUGCCAUUUCAACUUUGAAAAAAAUCAAAUGUUAAUGUUGUAAAUUGUUCAAGGACAAAGACUUAACAGAGCAGUCAAGAGGAACCGAGACAGACACUCAGCAUGAUAUGACUGAAUGUCAGUGAUUUGCUCUUUUUUUUUUUUUCUAUAUUUUUUUCAAUGAAACGACUGAAUUUUCCACACUUCGGACUCAGAUGUGUAAAGUGCUGGAAUUAAACCAAAGAAGCAUUGUUAUCUAAGCUGCUGACUGAGUAUAGGGCCCUAAACACAAAUGCAACUGUCUUCCACCAAAGGGUUAUUAGAUUCCCACUGUAUAAAAAGUUGUCUGUUUUUCCAAAUAUUUUAAUAUGUAUUAUUAUUAUUAAUAUUAUUAUACAGAUUUUAGAGUUCCUUUCUUAAUAGGGUGACUGUUAUUUGUUUGUUGUUUCUGAUUUUCAUUAAACAUAUUUUAUGAAAGGUUUCGUAAUGUAAGUGUGUGUGAGUGUGUGUGCACAUUUUGAAUAGAUAGAGGAAAAUGCUGCAGGUUAUUUUGUAUGUACUGUUGAUGAGGUCUUUAUAAAAUGUCACUUAUGUGCAACUCUUAAUAAAGAGAUACAUUCAGUAAUUCUGUGGU